UCCAAGAACCGGCCCCCAACGCCUCCUCCAACGGCGAUGGGGCCCCGACCGCUGCUGCGCCGCCACCUCCCCUCCACCUCGAGCAGGCCGGAGGCGGCGCCGAUGGGUCGCGCCCCGCCGCGGUGGUCGACCUCCGGAAGGGCAAGACGAUCGCCGCCGGUCCCUUUCCGCCACCUGUUUCCCCAAGCUCCGCGGGCAGCAUCCCCGACUCCGCCUCCGCCUUCGGAGCCGGGGGGUCAAGCUCCUCGGCGGGGAGGAGGAUGGUGGUGCCGAGGGACACGACGCUGCCGUUCGACUACACGCGGGUGUUCCAGCAGGUGGUACGAGAGGGGCAGUCGGUUAUCAUCGAGGAGGGCGAGGAGGAGCAGGUGGAAUCGCCGCACGCCAAGGAAGCGCCCCCGGGAAAGGAAAAGGAGAAGAAACUACCACAAGUCAAGGUGAGACCCAGGUCUGGAAAGGGGAAAUCGCUCUGGAGUCGGCUCAAGAACAAGGAGAAGAAACUACCACAAGUCAAGGUGAGACCCAGGCCUGAAAAGGGGAAAUCGCUCUGGAGUCGGCUCAAGAACAAGAUUUUUUGUAGAGAAGGAAGGCAAAUAUGUUCAGAACGUGAGGAGCACCAGAUUUUUCGUAGAGAAGGAAAGCAAAUAUAUUCAAGACAUGUGGAGCACCAGACACGUCCCAUCAAUGAAGUAAGGAAUCGGUAUAUGGUUUCUUCUAACGAGGCGAACCAUCUUGAUGCCUAUUCGGAAAUUAGACUGGUGAUUGGAGAUGGGGAGUGUUUCUACAGGAGCUUCAUAUUUUCCUACCUAGAGCAAGUUAUUGAUAGGCAGGACACAGAUGAGGAACAUCGUCUCCUUCAUGUUGUUGAAAGAAUGUCUGUGCAACAUGCAAUUCUUGGAUGGAACUCUGAGUUUUCCAGGACCAGCAGAGCAUUUGAGGAGCUGAUUGAGAAAGUAAUGAGAUGGAAGGGCACGGAAUCAACUAGCAGUUGCCGUAAAGAGGAACUUCUCCAGUUCUUCAGCACGUAUGAGAGGACGCAAGACAUUUUUGCUUUCCUCAGAUUACUAGUAGCUAUCCAUAUAUGCUCGCACAGUGAGGAGUAUGUACCACAUAUACCAGAGGUCGACCAAGGAAAUUGCAGUCUGGAAGUUUGGUGCUUUGAGCACGUCAUUCCAGCUCGUGUGGACGCGGACCAUGUUAUGUUGGUGGCUUUGGCCACAGCGCUUGAGGUCCCCCUCAGAACGGAAUCAUUCCAACAAGGAUAUGCUCGAGAUAUCUACACUGGUCCUGGAUUUCCCCGUCCGAGUGUGACCCUGCUGUACACGGGAAAUCACUACAACAUCAUCUACCCACGUGCUCCUUCUGCUGAGAGUUCAAGUCAUCAGGCUUCCAAGAGAGAAGAGCCUUCUGGUCAGAGUUGAAGUCAUCAGGCUUCCUAGGGAGAACAUGCUGCUGAUCAGAGUUCAAGUCAAGAGACUUCCUAGAAAGAACAUCCUGCUGAUCAGAGUUGAAGUCAACAGAUUUUGCCAGAUUAAAGUUGUGAUGGGCUGCUGCCGUUGAAUGAGUGUUGCUGAGUUAGUGGUAUAGAGUUAGAGUAGAUGCACCGAUGAAGUUGGGGUAGGCAUAGGAUAUACUUGUGCAUCCUUCUCCUGUUGGCUGGUAUAAGGUGAACAUCCUUCUGCUGCUGAUGAAUACAGUAAUGAAGCCGAUAGCCAUAUACUUGUGCAUUCUUUCUGGUGCCACUGGAUUGAUCGAUUGGCACAUAUACAAGGAUGAAUGCAAUCGUUUAAUUAGUUUCCGUGA